AUGGAGGAGCAGCUAGUGCAGCUAUUUACCGAGACACAGUCUCCCCAGGAAACCACACGCAAGAAUGCAGAAUUGCUGUUGAAACAGCUUCGAGACCAGAACUCGGACUUUCCGUUGGGAUUGAUCUCUGUUGGUGCGCACGCCGAGGUUCCUCUCGAGAUCCGCCAGGCUGCUCUCCUCUACCUGAAAACUUUCGUCCUGGCGUGCUGGUCACCGCAAUUUGACGAAUUCGCGGGCCAGCUGUACGCGGAUGAUGGCAAGAAAGCUCAAAUCCGCCAGCGCCUGCUUGAUCUGGCAUUGAGUGAUCGCGACGAGAGGAAGAUCAAAAGUGCUGCCAGUCUCGUGGUGAGCAAGAUUGCUACUGCAGAUUUCCCAGAUGAGUGGCCAACGCUCUUGCCUACCGUGCUGAAUGUGGUGAGCACUGGAGUGGAUGCACAGCUACAUGGCGCCCUGAAAGUGCUCAACGAGCUCGUGGAUGAUUGUUUUGGUGAAGAGCAGUUCUUCAGCGUUGCCAGGGAUCUUGUCCGCGUGAUGUUCGAGGUCGCGACAAACGAGAGUAGGAAAGCUACUUUGCGAGCAUUGGCAGUGUCUGUCUUUCGCUCUUGUUUCGACAUCCUUGAAAUGGUCAUGGAAGAUCAUAAAGCAGCCGUGAAAGCCUUUGCGGAGGAGACUCUAGGGAGCUGGAUUGCUUUCUUCAUUGACGCCCUCAAGACACCUUUGGCGCCCUCACCUACCCAGAUCCAAGAAUCUAGCGACCUGGUUGCCGCAGAGGUCUACCGUGGCCACGUUGCACUCAAGCUGCAGGUUGUCAAAGUACUGAUGCGAAUCCGAUCGCUGUUUCCAGGGAACCUGUCACCACACAGCCCCGCCUUGUUCUCCGCAACAUGGCACGAGCUUUCCACACUGCAGGGUCAAUAUCAGGCAAUGUACAUUGAGGAUGACAUGCAGGGUCGUCUCGAGGAUGCGGACGGACUGCCGUACACUUUGGACUUCUUAGUCCUCGAGGAGCUCGACUUCAUGCAAGCGUGUCUGCGCGCACCACCUGUACGCAAGGAGCUGGAACAGCAGCUCCAAGCCGCCAACGGAGGGCUGAGCUGGAUCACCGAUGUUAUGAAGAUCGCAGUGGCCUACGCUCAGAUCACGGUCGAGGAGGAGGGCCUAUGGGAUAUCGACUGCAACGUCUUUCUAUCGGAGGAAACCAACGUCACAGCAAAUUACACUCCGCGAUCAGCUUGCGGUGACCUUGUCAUCAAGCUAGGGGAAUGGCUGAACACCACGGCUGUUGAAGGCCUGCUCACAUACACUCGUUCGCUCUACUCUGAGAGCUCCGGAUGGAAGAUGAAGGAGGCUGCUCUAUACCUCCUCAACCAGCUACUAAGUGAUUUCCAAGACGUGGAAAAACAAAUUAGCCCAGAGGCUGCGCAAAGCUAUGUGGACUUCAUCCAGCACGCCUUGCAAGAGGACGUCGUCUUUCUGAGAGCGAGAGGCCACCUUGUCGCUGGCAGUCUGAUACGGACCUCUGGGGUCACUCUCCAAUCCGUGGCGGCCGCUUUCAUGGAGGCUUCUCUACAAGCAAUCUCACAGGAUGCGUCGGAGAUUGUUCAGGUCUCCUGCAUUCGCACGCUUCAAUACUACCUUUCCUCCCUACCGUCAGCCGCUAUGCUAGCGAAACAGCCAGCUAUCAUCACCGCUCUUUCAGACUUUAUCAAUGCUCAGGAUUUCGAUGAUCUCGUCGAUAGUGACGAUAUGUUGAUCACCAUCAUCGAGACUUUGCGUGACGCCAUCCUGCUAGACGUACGAACAUGUCUCCAAGGUGGUGGGCUUGAUCUACUUUUCACGGUCGCCAGCCGCGGAGCAACCAACUUUCAGAUCGCACUUAUGGUUGCGGAGACCUUUGAAGAUGUCUCGAGUACGAUUGCUGAACUUGGCAGCGAGGCGUAUGCGCAGUUGACGACAAAGGUGUUACCUUCCCUCAUGGGCGCCUUUGAUGUUGCCACUUUGACAGAGGAGAAUGCCUUGGCGAACCUUGCGGCGGAGCUGCUGUCUGCGCUUGCAGAGAACGGAACCACACCAAUGCCUCCCGGUUUUGUUGUCUCGGUGUUGCCGCGCCUGAACAGGCUUUUGCUUGGCUCCCAGGAUGACGAGCUUUUGAAAUCGUCUACAGCCGCCAUCCGGCACUUGAUUCAUCAUGAUCCCGAGCAGGUAUUCAGCUUUCAAGACCAGGACGGCAAAGGCGGACUUGAGGUGGUCCUUGUCAUUAUCGAUCGCCUCUUAAACCCGGCCGUUGAUGAUCACAGUGCUGCAGAGGUUGGUGGCCUUGCUGCAGAGGUCGUCGAAAAGGCUGGCUCUGACAAGCUCGGUCCUUACCUCAUGCAGCUUCUCCGUGCGGUCGCUGUUCGACUCGCCACUGCAACCAAGGCCCAAUUCAUUCAAAGCUUGAUUCUCGUCUUUGCUCGUCUUUCGCUCAUCUCCGCACAAGAAGUCGUUGGCUUCCUCGCCGACGUACGUGUUGGUGAGCAGUCUGGUUUACAGGUCGUCAUGAGCAAGUGGUUGGAGAACUCUGUGAAUUUUGCCGGCUAUGAGGACAUCCGAGAGAAUGUUGUCGCCCUGUCCAAAUUGUUCGAGCUUAAUGACCCUCGCAUUGCUGAAAUCCAGGUCAAGGGAGACAUGAUCAUUCCCACUUCAGACCGCAUUAUGACUCGAUCUCGAGCGCGUCAAAACCCCGAACAGUACACAAUCAUCUCAGCACAGCUCAAGAUCGUCAAGAUUUUGGUUGAUGAGCUUCUCUCGGCCUCAGGUAGCGCUCGUAACCUGGACGCUGCUGCUGCCGCUGAGCUAGAUGACGAUGAUGAGGAGGAUGAGGGCGAAUGGGAAGACGAYGAUUUCCUUGAUCUGGCCUCGGGUAUGACGAAGUCUCAGCUCAUGGCACUCGGCGCUGAAGACGGUCCCGGGAUGUCGCGUAGCAGGGAUGAUGAAACUCAGGCCUAUCUGCUUGACUUCUUCAGGAAGGCUGCGCAAACUCCUGGUUUCGAUGAGGUGUUCAACGCGCUUACGCCCGGUGAGCAGGAGAAGUUGAGGACUAUGAGCGACUAG